AUCUGUAACAUUCUCAUGCCUUGUCCCCUCCCCCAAUCCCCCCCUUCUCCCACACACCCCCCCACCAACCCAUUCCACUUCCAGGACAGGAAGUUCUUCAAAGGAUUCUUUGCAAAAGCGGGGAAGAAGGCAGUGCGCGCCGUGCUGUGGGUGUCGGCGGACGGUCUGCGCGUGGUCGACGACAAGACCAAGGCCGGGUCCCCAAAAGCAAAAACGGACCUGAUCCUGGACCAGACGAUAGAGAAGGUCUCGUUCUGCGCUCCAGACCGUAACUUCGAGCGGGCCUUCUCCUACAUCUGCCGGGACGGCACCACGCGGCGCUGGAUCUGCCACUGCUUCCUGGCCGUCAAGGACUCGGGCGAGCGGCUGAGCCACGCGGUGGGCUGUGCCUUCGCCGCCUGCCUGGAGCGGAAGCAGAAGCGCGAGAAGGAGUGCGGCGUGACGGCCACCUUCGACGCCAACCGCACCACCUUCACCCGGGAGGGGUCCUUCCGCGUCACCACGGCGACGGAGGCGGCGGAGCGGGAGGAGGUGAUGCGGCAGCUGCAGGAGGCCAAGAAAGCCGAGGCCGCGCCCCCGCCGCCGAGCUCCGCCUCCAGCGGCAACGGCUCCUCGGGCCCCCCGUCGGACUCGCCGGGCUCCUCCCCCCCGCUGUCGGCCGCCACGCUGGGCCCCCAGGCCAUCCCGCGGCGCCACGCCCCGGCCGACGCCCUGGCGCGGCAGGGCUCGUUCAGGGGCUUCCCGGGCCUCAGCCAGAACAGCUCGCCCUUCAAGAGGCAGAUGUCGCUGCGCAUCGGCAACGAGCUGCCGGGCGGCGGCCCCCCCCGCAAAGACUUCCCCCUCAAGAACAGCGCCCUGUUGUCUGGUGUUCCCUCCCCAGUGGUGGAGGUGGAGGGCGAGGCCGACAGCAUCAGCUCCCUCUGCAGUCAGAUCACCACCGCCUUCAGCGGGGGGCCAAGGGACCCCUUCGCCUCCGCCCCCAUGCCCAAGCCCACCUCCUCCCCGCAGUCGCCGGUCGCUCCAGUGAACGGCUCGUCGCCUGCUUACCCCCCAGCCCUGCCCCCUCCGCUGCCCGCCCGGGACACUAACCCCUGGGCUAGGCUCCCAGCGGGCCUCCAUUCGGCCCCAGGAAGUGACUGGUCCACGUCGGCGACGGGGCCGGCCCUGGGGGGCCCCGGCUCCUCCCCCGCCCUGCCCUCCCACCGCCGCACCCCCUCGGAGGCGGACCGCUGGCUGGAGGAGGUCACCAAGUCCGUCCGGGUGCCCCCGCAGCCGGCGCCGCCCCCCCUCCUGGGCCCCCCCGCGGGACAGCACCCCGGGGCGGCGGCCCCCCCCCCGCCGCCCAUGGGCUUCCUGCCCCCGCCCAUGCCCAUGCUGCCCCCCCGCCAGCCGGCGGCGGCGGCCUACCCGGUGUCCAACGGGCUGGCGUUCGGCCCGCCCGUGGUGCCCGUGGUGGGCAUCACCCCGUCCCAGAUGGUGGCCAACGUGUUUGGGUCGGCCGCCCAGCCCCCGCCCCCCUCCAUCGCCCCCCACCCCCACCCCCACCCCCACCCCCAGAUGCUGCAGCAGCCGUUCCCCAUGCCCCACUACGACCACGGCCACGGCCACGCGCUGGCCGCCGCCCACUACAGCAAGCCCCUCCUCCUGCCCCCCGUCCUUAGCCCCGCCCCCCUGCUGCAGCCCUCGUCCAAUGGCAGCGCGGCGUUCAACGGCGGCGCGGCGGGGGAGAACUGGGCCACCGCCGCCGCCUCCCAUCAGCUCCCCUCCCUGGCCCCGCCCUCCCCCGCCCUGGCCCCGCCCCAGACCUCGCUGGCCCCGCCCCCUCCCGCCGGGCAGGUGGACGCCUUCGAGGCCCAGUGGGUGGCGCUGGAGGGGCGGUCCCGUCAGCACGCCUCCCCCUCCCCCACCAACCCCUUCUCCAGCGAGCUGCACCAGACCUUCGAGAUCCAGCUCUGAAGACCCUCCCAUAAGAGGGGGGGAGGGGGGGUUAGGGAGAUCUGAAGCCCCUCCUCUCUCCCCCUUCUCCUGGGGGGAGGGGGUUAGGGAGCUCCCCUACAGCUGUUGGAGACGGAAAGACUUGAGGAGGAAGAUAUAUAAAACUGUAGAGGCUGAUGUGGCGGCUAGAGAGGAGGGGGAGGAGUCUUCUGAAGCAGAGGGGGGGGGGUGAGGAGACGUGUGUGUGUGUGUGUGUGUGGGGGGGGGGGGGGGUGACGGACGAGGCGUGAGGUUCCGCCUCUAGUGGUUGGCCCCUCCCACCCCAGCAUCUCAUUACAUUGCCUGCAUCUGUUUUUGUUGUUAUGACAUCAUGAUCGUUGUCAUCAUCCAUCGCCCCUGCAAAGUGGUGGGAGACCCCGAACGCUGACCCACGCCCUCCCUCCCCCCCCCCCCCCGCCCCCUCACUGGCCUUCGGACCACCGACAGCACUGAGAGACCCCCAGCUUCCAGACAGGAGGUCCUAACCCUCGAUGACUUCACAAUCAGAAGGAACUCAAGAGCGACCGAAUGCCAAAAUCUUUAUUUUUAUGCAUCGAGUAUAUUUUAAAUAGCUAUGAAAUCUAAAACUGAGAAGUUGUAAGUUAUCUUUGCCAAAGGCACAGGCUAGCUAAAAGGUGUGUGUGUGUGUGUGUGUGUGUGUGUGUGUGUGUGUGUGUGUGUGUGUGUGUGUGUGUGUGUGUGUGUGUGUGUGUGUGUGUGUGUGUGUGUGUGUGUGUGUGUGUGUGUGUGUGUGUGUGUGUG